GUAACCAUCACUGUAACUGGUCUGUGCCCUACCAGAACCGCUGCAUCCUCUUGCAGUGUGGCCAGCUGAGUGUGUGCCAGAAUGCUGGAGAACAAGACAUCAGAGAUCUGCUUGGAGAAAUUGUCAGUGGGAAAAGGGAAACAGUCCUGUUUCACCACCAAAACUAUCCACAAAAAAAGGAGAGGAUGGUGAAUGCACGGGUUGACCGACACAAUGUGGAAAACCUGUUUUCCUCAACUGCUCGGACACACAAGAUUCACUUGAGGCAUUUGCUUGUGCUUGGAAGUGAAGAUGUAACAACAAAUGCAAGAAAAACAAUUGCAACCAAGGCUAUGCCCACCAUGGUGACGCCCACCAUGGUGACGCCCACCAUGGUGACGCCCACCAUGGUGACGCCCACCACGGUGACCCCCGCCACUGCCACAGCUGUAACAAGGAACGUUACAAACGUGACUGUCCUCACUGCAGCUUAUGAACCAACUGCCAAAGCAUCAAAUAGUCCUGGAGGUUCUGGUCUCCUUGCUGAAGCCAUAUCAUCCAAUGCCUCUUCUCCCAAUUCUAGUAACAUCUCUGCUUCCGCUUCCAGCCAUGUCACCAAGCUUGCGACUACCACCAAAAAAUCAGGAAAUAGCAGCUCUGUUUCAGUAUUGUCCCCCACUUCUGCUCCCCUCGCUGUCAUUUCUGAAGUGAGUACUCAAAUGCCUCAAACAGAGCAGUUUCACCCAGCCACGGCCACCACCAGCACUCCCUACUCCAUUAGCCCCUCCACUACUGGAGCUGGCCCGGAGAUGCUGAGCCCAACAUCGACCACCCUCAUCCCACAGGCUGCAGGAACAUCUCCCACUGCUUCCACUCGUGCCACAGCACUUGCCCCCUCGGAGAGUUCACACUCUGCAAAUCAGCAGCCUGCUGUUACACCAGAAGCAAGUACAGCAAAUAAAUCAACUUCUCUUCUGGGCUCUACAAGAGGCGCCAUGGUUUUAACUACUGCCUCUACAGCAGCAACUACGACUGGGCAUGGGAUAAAGUCAACGUCUCACAUUUUUUCGACAACCACGGCUCCAGCAGAUGCACCCAAAACAACAGCUUUGGGCCUUGAAGAAACUCGGGACACGGACAAUGAGUAUCUUCUCAUUGCUGCUGAGCCCCUGACUCAGUACUUGGUAGAUAAAAGUUUGCUUCUUGCAGUGCUUUUAGUCGGUACGUUUUUUUUCAUAACUGUUAUAGUUCUUUUCCUUAUGCAGGCCUACGAAAGCUACAAGAAGAAGGAUUACACACAAGUGGAUUACCUGAUCAACGGAAUGUACGUGGACUCGGAGAUGUGAAAGGGUGGGGACAAAACAGUGGGCAGAGAGAUGGAAAGCAGAUUGAAAGCUUGCCUGACUUGUUUUUCUUUCCUAUUUGCCUAUAACACAAACUGAAAGUGCUUCCAAAUUUACUUCUGGUGCAAUUGAGGAGAA